AUGGCGACUGUCAGGGCGAGGGGCAAGAUGCCCGAUGUCGUCGAUCUGACGGAGAAGCCGUCCGCCUUUCAGCCAUAUACCGGAGUCAAAAGGCUGGUUAUCAAGAACCUUCGAGCACCCGUGAGCCGUGAAGCACAGGUGGAGGAGUACUACGCGCGCACAGAAAGGGAUCUCGAGGAAGCUUUGGGAGCCAUAUUUGCCGAUAGGAGGCCGGCCGUGCCGUUGGAGCGGUUGUAUCGCGGCGUCGAGGACGUCUGCAGAAAGGGCGGCGCUGCAAAAGUGUACGGCCUGCUCAAGGAGCGCAUUGAUCAGCAUUUGCAGUCGGUGGUCCUGCCAAGGAUAAGACGCGCUGGCGGGCAGUCCAACAUCGACGUGCUUCGAAGUGUACGGGGCGAAUGGAAAGCGUGGAACGCACAAGCGAUGACCCUCCGAUCCACCUUUAGCUAUCUGGACAGGACGUAUCUGCUUCGAGAGUCCUUCCCAUCCAUCAACGACAUGGCCAUCAGUCAUUUCAGAAGAAUGGCAUUCCCACAGUCGUCGCAGACCAACAGCAGCUCGCCCGGCGAAAAGGCCAUUGCCGGAGUGUGCGAGCUGGUCGAGUAUGACCGCCGAGGCGACCAAAGACUCGACUCGUCUCUUCUCAAAGAAUCCAUCCGCAUGAUGUACGUGCUGGGCGUUUACGUGAAACAGUUUGAGCCCGUGUUUUUGAAGCAGUCAGUCGCGUAUUUCGAGGAAUUUGGCGAAUCGUGGAGUGCGUCCAGCCUCAAGGACUAUAUUGCUGCCUGCAAGGACCUUCUCGACCGAGAGGACUACCGAUGUAUCGCGUACAACUUUGACGGUACCACCGAGAAAGAUCUCAUGGACUCGGCGCACAAGAUUCUCAUUGAUCAGUACUCUGAAAAGCUGCUGCACGGCGACAGCUUGUCAAACCUGUUGUCCGAUAGAGACGUCGCGUCGAUGAAGGGGCUGUACAAUUUACUGAGGUUGUCUGACAUUCAAAAGAAGAUGCAGAUGCCCUGGACUGAAUAUAUCCGACGGACUGGUGCUGCCAUCAUAUCAGACAAAGAGAGAGGAGACGAAAUGGUCAUUCGGCUGCUAGAGCUGAGGCGAUCGCUAGACCUCAUGAUUCGGGACGCGUUCCAAAGAGACGAAGACUUCCUAUGGGGCAUGCGAGAGGCCUUUGGAAAGUUCAUGAACGACCGCAGGACGGCGUCCUGCUGGGAUACAAGCACGUCCAAGAUUGGAGAAAUGACCGCCAAACAUGUAGAUGUGCUGCUGCGAGGCGGCUUGAAGGCUCUGCCCAAGGAGUUGCUGUCCGACGCCAAGGAUCGAGCGGCGGCCGAGAAGGAAGGCCAGGCAAGCACGGCGGACGAGGACGCCGAACUGGACAGGCAGCUUGAUCAGGCGCUCGAGCUCUUCCGAUUCAUCGAGGGCAAGGAUGCCUUUGAGGCCUUUUACAAAAAGGACCUGGCGCGGCGCCUGCUGAUGGGCCGCAGCGCAAGUCAGGAUGCGGAGCGGAACAUGUUGACGAAGCUGCGCAGCGAGUGCGGGUCAAACUUCACACACAACCUGGAGCAGAUGUUCAAGGACCAGGAGCUCGCCAAGGACGAGAUGGAAUUGUACAGGCAAUGGAGCGACAAGAACCGGGAGCGCAAGGGCCCGGUAGACCUGUCCGUCAUAAUCUUGUCCGCCUCGGCUUGGCCGUCUUACCCCGACACGCGGCUCAGCCUGCCCGACGAAGUGGCCACGCAGAUCGAGAGGUUCGACCAGCACUACAAGAACAAGCACACGGGGAGGGUGCUCACGUGGAAGCACUCCCUCGCGCACUGUUCCAUCAAGGCGUCGUUCCCCAAGGGCACCAAGGAACUUCUCGUGUCGGCCUUCCAGGCCGUCGUGCUGAUGCUGUUCAACAAGGAGCCCGAGGGCGGCUUCUUCACCCGCGAACAGAUAUCCGCGGCGACGGGCCUCCAGGGCGGCGACCUGGACCGGACCCUGCAGUCUCUGGCGUGCGGCAAGGCGCGCGUCAUCACCAAGCACCCCAAGGGACGGGAGGUCAACCCCGCCGACACCUUCACCUUCAACCGGGCGUUUUCCGACCCCAAGUAUCGCGUCAAGAUCAACCAGAUCCAGCUCAAGGAGACCAAGGAGGAGAACAAGGCCACGCACGAAAGGAUCGCCCAAGACAGACGCUUCGAGACGCAGGCCGCAAUCGUCCGCAUCAUGAAGAGCCGCAAGUCGAUGGGCCACGCCGAACUCGUAGCCGAGGUCAUCAACCUGACCAAGAAGCGAGGGAGCGUGGAGCCCGCCUCGAUCAAGAAGGAAAUCGAGAGCCUCAUGGAAAAGGAUUAUCUCGAGCGAGAGGAUAAUUCGUACACCUACCUGGCGUGA